GCACUUACUGGGAGCAGUGGAAAUGCCAAGGCUGGUAGAGUACAAGGUAGUGCCAAAGGGAACCUUUUUCUAGGAAGGGGGAGGAGUGAGGCCAGAAGUUUCAGAAAUGGGUCGACAAGACAGAGGGCCCUGAGGGAAGAAAUCCUCCAAUGAGGAUAAAGCAGGGUGUAUUGGAAGACAAUCAUUACAGUCAGCUAUUAUGUACAAACAUUUCUUUCACAGGCACAUUACAAUCUGUGUGGUUAAAGUUGUUAUGAAGUCACAAAGAGCAACAUGCUUUCAAUAACAUGUCAUGCUUCAAGUGAUCCACCAAGUAAAAUGACAUUAGAGACCUUCUUACACUCAGGUCAUAUGCUAUGAUACAGUUACAGAGUAUGUCUUUUAAAGGAAUACAGAUAUACUGUGUCUCUUAAAGGCAUCCUUCCACAUUGACUAUAAGACAUAACACAACAAAAAUACUUCUGGAAUCAAAGAACCAAUGAGAUGACACCAACUCCAACCAAUCUCUAAGUAGGUGAUGAUCCUUUUAAAUGUUCUGGCUGGUUUGGUUGGCUAGAUGGCUAGUGUGUGUUGCAGAGUAAUACUAAUAGCACAGACUUGUGCCUGCUGUCUUUCUUUUCUCAAUCGUAAAAUCACAGCAGAAAUUGUGGUUUGGUGGCACUCAAAUAAUUAAGGAUGUACCUGGAGAAGAAAAGCCCUUUAAAAAAAGGGAUAAGGAACAAUUCUAGGUAAAACCAUAUGGUCAAUUGGGCCUGCUCCACCAUUCUAUAUGAUCAUGGCUAGUGGUGGGUUUCAGCUUCAAUUUCUCUCCUGCUCGCCAUGGUCCCUUGGUUCCCUCAGAGAUAUGACAAAUGUAAGCUCAACCUUAAAUAUAUUCAAUAACGGGGCUUUCACAACCCUCUGGGAUAGGGAACUCAAAAGAUUCACAAUCCUUUGUAUGAAGAAAUUUCUCCUCUCCAUAAUAGAUGAUCAGCUCCAAACUUUGAGACAGUGCCUCCAUGUUCUACAUUUUGCUGUCAGCAGAAACAGUGCCUUUCCUCAAAAAAAUAAGCACAGAAGAUACUAAUUUCUCCCUCUUCAUAUUCUGUAUGCAUUUAAAUUGAGGUUAAGCAUAUUUAAAGAGUAAGUAGUUUAAGUGAACCCAUGGUUUUCUUUUGCAAAUAUAACUCUUUAUAAUAUUGCAUUUACUGUCUAUGCAGUAUCAAACUAGAGUGUGUGAAUCAAUCCCCUCUAAGGAGUCUUGCUGUUUACUUUCAGAAGCAAAUUGGGUUGACUCCAGAUCUAUUUGGAAAAUAGAAAAUUCUGGAAAUACCAGCAGGACUGUCGGGAGAGGAACAGACUGGGCUAUUUCACCUCCUGCCCUACAAUGCUGACAGCUUUCUCUUGACACUAAUCCUACAUCUUUUCAGAUUUGUGGGAAUGUUGCAUCUUGUAAACUUUUCUGUCGCACUACACAGUGGUAAUGUCUUUGAAACAAUAUAUUUUCUUAAUCCUAAUUGAAAGCAUUGCCAGAACGUUGCCUGCGCGGACGCUGUUCUAAUGAAAGAUCGUCGACCAGCGUGUCCCUCUCUCUCUCUCUCCAAAUACUCAACCUGACCUGCUGAGCAUUUGCAGCACCUUCGGUGAGCGAAUACGUGAUCGUAUUUAUGUUCAACAAAACAACUCAACUGAAGUAAUGAUUUCUCUGAAACGAGAAUGCCUACUUUCCCAAUAAAGUGACAAGGCAAGGAUUAAGUUCCUUUUUGAGACUGGCUUUCCUUAUAUGCAGCAAUGUCCCUUGCCCCUUCAAUCUUUGCUCCUAUGUUAUCUGUGCAAAGAGGCUUGGCUCAGCUUCCUGCGCUGUGUGGAGCCAAAACACAACGCUGAUGUCAAGAGGAGCAAAUCUUCCUGAAGGCAGGCGAGCAUAGUUUACAAGUCAGUGGAGCUAUUAAUAGGCCUGAGUUCUUUUACAAUGUCAACUGUAACCAAAGCCGUUGUGUUAAAGUGUGUUUGCCUGAAAUAUCUACAGCCAGUAGUUGAGAGGUCUUGCUUCGGUAAACUUUAGACACACUAAUGGAGUCGGCGGAUAAAGUCCCCAACCAACAUUUUGCAGUCAGUUUACUGGGUCUGCCAGCUGAAGAUGAUGUUUUUGCUGAGGACGAAGACGCGAAUGAAAUUUGGAUCAAGCCAAAAUCUUCUCCGCUUCCACGAAGACGGAGUUCUUCCUCAGACGAGGGCCCAGAACCUCCCCCGACCCCGAAUCGAAAAGUUUCCUUUGCUGAUGCAUUUGGUCUUGAACUUGUGUCUGUCAGAGAAUUUGACAAAUGGGAUUUGCCCACUGGCACACUGGGUGGGGAGCUGCCAGGUGAUCGCUUACCCCUUGAGGAAUGUCUUUUACUCCCGCUGUUUGAACUCCCGUUCUCCCCUGACGACCUGAUGCAGAAACUUUACACCCAGAAAGUGGAACUGGAAUCGACAGAGUUUCCUCCGGGAACGACCUGCAUGAAGGGACUCAUCCGUGUCUUGAACAUAUCGUAUGCAAAGCUGGUGUAUAUCCGGAUGACACUGAAUCAUUGGGAGAGUUACUAUGACAUUCUGGCUGAUUAUGUGGCUGAUUCCUGUGAUGGUGCGACUGACCAGUUUAUAUUCAAAAUUUCACUGGUCCCCCCUUACCUUAAGGACGGGGCCAAAAUCGAAUUUGCAAUUCGCUAUGAAACGCCAGGUGCUGUUUACUGGGCAAACAACGAUCAUAAAAAUUACGUGGUUUUAUGCCACAAGAAAGGUGACCCCAACGCCAACGGAAAAUCGCCAGAGGAACUCGAUGAUCGAAACUUAAAAAGCUGCCUAAAGACAUCAUACAGCAAAGAGAACCUGGAAACACCUGAUGAUGAUGGCUAUACAGUAGGACAAAGUACCAAAGACACAGCCCAGCAGGAAAAUAGGGAGACACCUUUGGAAAUGAACAAAUUGAUGCAUUUGAAUACCGAAAGCAUAUUUGAUGAUAAUCCAGAACAAAAAGAAGAAAGAAGUAAACAACUACUAGACACGCAGAUAAAUUCUCCAUUCCACAUUUCAUUGACCAGCCCAAGAGGUCAGGAAACUGACUUAACACUUGUGGAAGGAUCACACACUCAUGUUUUGGAAGAACAAGAGCAGAAUGCCAGUAAAGCCAGUGAGUCACCAGUUAAUCAGCAGAAUGAUUUAGAAGUUGAACAUAAGUUUGCAAGUGUAAGUAAUUUCAUAGCAAACGAGGAAAAACAAGAGAAAGAACUUACGUGGGUCAGAAUCCAAUUGGACAGUAACAAAAAUACAUCCAGUUGGCCAGCUCAGAGUCAUGAGGAAUGUUCAACACUACAAACAGAGAGUGUUAAUUUUGCAGUAAGCAACGACAACAGAAUGACCAAGUCUUCUAUGUUGUUUUAUGAUGAAGCAGAUUUACUACAUGAAAGCUGCCUUCCUGUCUGUCAGGUAAGAGAUGAACUUGUUACGUCACAUGGAAGUGAUACAUCAGCUAAAUCUGGACCAGAAUUGAAUAGUUUCUCAGGAAACAGAGACAGUGUCUUUGCUAAUAACAUGCAGGAUAAAGUAAUCAUUCAGGGGGCUAUUGACAAAUGUGAUAAGCUCCUUAAUAAUACGCAAAAUCCUAUACAGUUUCAACGAGAGAGCAUGGGUGCUGAAAAUGGAAGUGGUGAAUAUGAUUAUUUGACUGACAACACAGUAGCAAUCAGUGAAUCAGAGUCCACUUCUGUCUCUGCAGUAUGCACCAACACUGAUUUGGAAUCUGAGUCAGGUAGAAAGAGUUCUACCCCUCAUGGUUCAAUCUUAUCAAAGGAAAAAAUGGUUUGCAGAGUAAAAGCAAAUGACACACAAGAGCCACCCCGAUAUUACAGUAAAGUUGAGAAGUUGGAUGAUGUACAGCAUGGUAAUGACUUUUCUACAAAAUCUAAUUUAACAAACCAGGAAGCAGAAAAUAGGCAAGAGCAAAUUUCAAUUAAACACGGUUUCAAGGUCAGUGAUCUUUUAGAAGUUACAAAACAUUCAAAAAUUGGAAAAGAAAUGGUCAUCAAAUAUGAAGUUGCUGCAAACGAAGAAAGUUCUUGUGAUGUGUGUUCAAAUAACAAGACGAUUGAUAAAAACACUGUAGGUGUCAUGGAAUCCAUGCAACAUACAGAUACACACAGUGAUUCUGAUCAUAGAAAAUAUCAAAAUACAGGAAAGGAGUUUGGUGCUUGUCUCCAGAGCAUACCUAGUAAACAGCUAGAAUUUGCACCAGUGCUAAAUAUUGAAACUGCAACAAUACCUCCAGAAAUCCCCAAGCAGCAGGGUUCUUUAGAAGAAGAAAAAUACCAAGACCCUUGUGAAGUAGAUGACAUUCUGACACAAUUUCGAGAGAUUGAUUCAACAAAAGAGGAUAUUGUAAAUGAGCAAAAUAAAAAUAAAAUUCCAGCUUCACAAAUUGCAGAGCUGAGCACGAGUGCUCCCUCGUGUAUGUUAGCGGAUACAGUGGUUAAAGAAGCAAUAGAAGCAGCUUUGUUUGAAAUUAGUGGAGAUGAAGGAAGAGGUACCACACUUGUAUCACAAAAAGAGGAAGCUACUCAAAAUGUGCCAAGUGAAGACCAAUUUUCAAUGUCCACUCAGGAGGGGUCCACAUCUUUUCUUGAACAACCUUCAAAAAUCCACAGUGCUCAUGAACAAAUUGCAAAAGAUGUUUCGCAGCUUGGUGAACAUAUAACGGAAACAAAUACAGUAUGUGUACAAAUGGGAAAGGAUGCAGGUGAUGCUUCUCAGAAAAAUUCACAAGUAGCAGCUUCUACAAUAAAUCUGCUAACAAAGACAUCUGCACCAAUUUCAGAAGACACUAAGUCUCCAGAUGCAUCUUUUAAUUACAGCCAAUCUUUAGAAGCUACACACAAAUUGACUGCAGAUUUUCAAGUGGAGAGUCAAAGUGAACCCAAAAUUGCAGAAGUUGGGCAAGAUGUUGCUGAUUCAGUGAAGGAAUUUCCUAAUUUUCAGGAAGAAGCAGGUGGAAGAAUUUCUAGAAAAAUCACUGAAACAAGUGAGAAAAUUCCUGAAAAUAUUUUUGAAUCUUCAGAUCUUAAAAUAUCAGACAAUUAUGAAGUUAAACAGACACACACAGAGGUUGUAAAGGAGUUGGCCAGUAAUACGACUGAGCUCCCAGAAGAAAAAGUGCAUUACCACGAGAGGGAAAAGAAUACAGACUUCAUACAGCAUUGUCAUAUUUCAGAAUUGGGCUUUAAACAAAAUUCCAGUGCACCAGAUCUUAAAGGGUCUACAGAAGUGGGAAAAACAGAACAUAAGGGAGAAGAAGCAUUGAGCAUAAACACCAUUUUGCAACACUAUGGUGGAACAAAUGAACCUAGAUCAAUGGGAUUUCCUCAAUCACAUAAGUUUACUAUGUCUAAAGCUGUAAAGGAAGUUGUGCCUGUUCCUGGGCAGAUUGUAGUAGAAGGAGCAGAUGAUGAAACUAAUAUCGAGAAUGAGGCAGUUGAUAAGCAAAAAUGUGGGGCAGCCAAUGAAGUUAUUAUGGACAUUGAAAGAGAAAGAGCUGAUAUAGAUUCUGAAUCAGUAGGUGCCCAUUAUCUGAAAAAUGUGGAAAUGUGUCAUGACACUCAACUGAUGCAAGUAAAUGAGAGCAAAAACCAAAAUGCAGUAAGGCCUAAAAAUAUUGCAAAAUUUGGCUCAAGUCCAUACAUUUCAAGUGAUACAACAGAGAAGAAAAAUGGAACUGAAAUGCCACCACAGAAUCCUGAGCCAUCUAGCCAUCACAAAUACAUAGGUCCAGUCAUAUUGAUUAGCAAACCAAUUGAAGGGGAUGAGGAAAAGAUAACAAACAGUGAUAUCUCCAGUAAUGUCCAUCCAUGUUCAGAAAGGUUAGAGUUUGAGGAAUGUAACGAGAAAAUAUUUGAGUAUGAGCAUGCAAGUGAAGCUUAUGAUGGUGAUGUUAAGAGUGAGGAAUUACGGCUCCAGAGUGAGCCAUUUGCAGAUGAAGUUAAUUUGAAAAACACAGUAUGGAAAGUUUGCUAUUUUGUUUUAUUCAUUGUGUUUCUAGUUACUGUUUAUCAUUAUGACUUUAUAGGAUGUUUUGCAUUAUACAUUUUUUCAUUGUAUUGGUUGUAUUGUGAAGGAGAAACCAAUGAUUCUGUCAAAAAGGAAUGAUAUAAGUCAUAGUAUCUUAAUGAAUGAUGCAAGGAAAGACAAUGGUUGCAUAUAUGAAGAACUGAAAUUUGGUUUAUGAAUUAUUAACCAUUUGAGUAUUGAAAGAACCAUUGUUUUUCUGAAUACAUACAUCAUUUGUUUCACACAUCAAUAAAAUGAUUACCUACAUGUCUACCAAUACUACAAGGUAGAAUUAAUCACAUUUUCAUAAUAUAUAUUUUAUAAUUUAUAACAUUCUUGAACAGCCUUAUUUUAUUUGUAUGAUGCUAAUCAAUACUGGUUAAACAGUUAGUGUGACAACAAUGUCAACAAAAUGCCUUACUGUCAAUUUUUAAGAAGUGCCUAGUUGAGAAAGCUUUACAGAAAAUUGAUUUUAUGGCCUAUUUUCUUUGUAUCAAAUAAUGUGAUUGACAUUUACUUUUUAAAGAAACUUGGCUUUAAAAAAUCUUUGUGAAGUUCAUAUGACCAUUUUAUCACUUACUUGAGUGCAGUUCAGAUAAUUUCAGACCAAAUUUUUUUUGUGCUAUAAUAAAUUUGUAUAAUAAACUAGUGCAACAUCUACUAAAUACUUCAAGUCAUAUAACUUUAGCCUGUUUUAUACCCAAUAAGUAGAAAUUUAGUUUGGUCUUCUAAAGGGUAAAGCAUUAAAGUUGUUACAAAUGAUAUAUAAAACACGUCUUUUAUUUCUCCUGCAAUAUCUAGACAUGGUGUCGUCUAGUUAACUCAGAACUGUCUUUUUGCAUGGUGCUGCUCAAAAGGCUUUCAAUUGUAUGUAUUCAAACAAAGUAGAAGGUAUCCUCAGAAAAAGGAAGAAGUAAAUCAGAAAUAAUAACUUUUUUUCAUAAUAACUAUAAGGAUAUAAAAGAUCAUACUGAAGAACACCUUCAAAAAUGUAACUGUUAAAUGUAAAAAUUGGGACAAUAUGAUAUCACUUGCUAAGUUUUAUGAUUUUCAUUUAUUUAGCCUCCUCACAGAAUUUGAAACUUUCCUCAUCCAGGAGAAGUUAAUCACCAACUGUCUCUGUCUCUAAGAUUUUUGUGCUUUUAAUUGCUGUUUUUGUUAUUUUCUUCACUUUGUUGUAUACUAGUUCUUUGGAGAAACACCUUUAUUUUUAAUUUCCUUGUUCGCGGAUUGUCUAUGCUGUGUUGCACCCUCCAGAGAAGGUUUGUUAUUUAGUAUUUUUCUUCACUGCAUCUGAUGUAUAAUUUUGUUAAUAAAUAUAGUUUCUUGCUGCACCUUCA